AUGCACUCACCAUUUAUACAAGAUGAAGUUGAAGCUGCAAUUAAAACCUGUAACCCCAACGAAUCACCCGGUCCAGAUGGCGUUACAAAUGCUUUCUACUUUAAUCAUUUAAACCAAGUUAAACCAAUUCUCACUACAUUAUUCUACGAUAUACUAGAAAAUCCUCACCACAUCACAACAGAAUUCACCGAAGGUCUUAUACACACAAUAUACAAGAAAGGCAACCCCUUACUCAUAUCAAAUCGUCGUCCCAUUACACUUCUAAACACUGAUUACAAGAUCCUCUCAAAAGUAAUCAAUGCACGUCUUCUGAGAAUACUUCCUUUCAUCAUCAACAACAACCAAACUGGUUUCGUACCCCACAGAUUCAUCAUAGACAACAUCAUCAACAUCAAUGAAUAA